AACAAGAAAUUUUUACAAGACUGAUUGAACUCAAUGAAUUAUUAGCAGAAGAAACGUCAAGAAAACUUGUAGAAAUUUGUACUUUACCAGAUACUAAGCCAGAAUAUUGGGAUUUAAAAAGAAUUCAAAGUGUUUGGAAUCGAAAAAAAUCUGCAAAAAAAAAAGCAAAAUCUCAAUUUAAGCAAUAA